CGAGAAUCAUACCACUAGACCAAACACCCAACUUGUUUCUCAAUUUCGCAAAUUUCUAAUUAGAAACUAGCUUUAUCCCCUCUGUUCUUCCAUUCUCGAAGUUCAAGACUAGGGUUUCUUCAACAUAAUACUCCUGAUUCAACCUAACUUUUCUCUCUUCUCCUUCGUCCCAUCGAUUAUCAAGCCAUCAUCGUUCAAGACUAGGGUUUCUCUAAAGUUUAUUUCUUCAAUCGCGUCAAUGUCUAACAGCAACAAUGCCGCUGGGGUUGACAAUACUUUCAGAAGGAAAUUUGAUCGAGAAGAGUAUCUCGAACGAGCUCGCGAGCGUGAGAGAGAGGAGGAAGAGGGUGGUAGAGCAAAACCUAAAUCUAAAGGUCCUCCAGUGCAGAGGAAGCCCUUGAAGCAUAGAGAUUUUGAAGUAGACCUCGAAUCCCGAUUGGGCAAGACUCAGGUUGUUACACCGGUUGCACCACUAAGUCAGCAGGCUGGAUACUACUGCUCUGUUUGCGAGUGUGUUGUAAAGGACUCUGCAAACUAUCUGGAUCAUAUUAAUGGAAAGAAACACCAAAGAGCCUUGGGCAUGUCUAUGCGAGUCGAACGUGCUUCUCUCCAACAGGUUCAGGAUCGGUUUGAAGUUCUGAAGAAACGUAAAACUCUUGGCAGCUUCACAGAGCAAGAUCUUGACGAACGCAUUUUAAAACAGCAACAAGAGGAGGAAGAACGAAAGCGACUUCGUCGGGAAAAGAAAAAAGAAAAGAAGGAGAAGGCUGUGGAAGAACCUGAAACUGAUGCUGACGUUGCUGCCCUGAUGGGAUUCGGUGGUUUUCGGUCAUCUAAUAAGAAAUGAUUACAUUCUACAUGUGGGAUGGCUGUAUGUGAAAUUUCGAGUAACUAUUCUGCAAUUUUAAGCUGAAUUUGGUUACUUAGUACCUGAUUCUGGGUUGGCUUAAACAUGAAUCUAUGGUGAAAAGUAACAGUGGGGCUCAAACAUUUGUUUCGUUUACUUGUACAUUUGUUCUGAUAGCUAACCUGAUGUCCUGAUGUAUCAUAUGAGCUUUGAUUCUUGUAUUCUUUACUAAUAUUAUAUGGUGGUGGAGGACAACUCCCUAGCUCAUAGAAAUCCAUGGUUAUGAGCAGUGGAUGUAAUUCUAUAGUGUUAAGCUAUAUUUUAAUUGAGAGUAGUUCUAUUUGGUACGA